GGCACGGUGCUUUUGGAAUUGUAGUGGAUACUAGACUACCCAUUUUGGAAGGAAGUAUUGGGAACUAGACUAGUCCAGUAUGCACCACCAUGGGCUGCUCAGGUGAGCAUCACACGCAUUCGAGAACACGAAAAUCGAAGGCGUCCAUAAAAGGAAGGGCGUAAUUUUCUCGUUACCGGGGAUUGAAUGAGACACCCCGACGGGCUUUCGAGUUUCGACGACCUUCCAGCGCGGUCAAGAACACCACAUGAUGCUGCUGCGGCGAUCCUUAUUUAUUUUUAGGUUUCAGAAUGCAUCCGCACCUCUUUCCAUUUUGGACUUCGCGCCCCUGCCCGACUUCAGCCAUCCGUGCACCAGGGAUGGCCCAGAAAAAGUAUUUAUACUUCUCGCAACUCCCUUCUCUCCUCCCCAUCACACCUCAACACAUCCCAAAGCACAACCAGCCCCUCAAGCAACCAAGCACAGACAACUUCCCCUAUACUAUGAGCCAGACAGUCGCCAACAACGCCAGCUCCACCGUCAACGACCACCGUCUCUCCAUCCAGUUCGACCAUGAUGCCGACGACCGUGGCCGUGACCAUGUCGUCCACCCUAUAUCCGAGUCCCAGCCCAAGAUGAACGGCAUCAUUCCCUUGACCAAGACUAACACCACCAUUCCCUUGAUCAAGACCAACACCACCAUUCCCUUGACCAAGACCAACACCACCAUUCCCUUGACCAAGACCAACACCACCGAUUCCUCCAAAAGCCGCCGUUCAACCCUGGCGGCCUUUGCAGAACGCUUCCGCUCCCGAUCUCGCUCUCACUCCCGUUCACGAUCCCGAUCUAAGGGCCCCUCCCGCAACAGCCUGGAUGCAAGUGACGAGGUCGAGGAAUUCAGAGGCGAGUAUGCGGAUGUUGCCCGCGCGCAGGCCUUGUUCAUGGACAGGCUGAGGGAGGAGCAGGCCAAGAACAACAUCACUCGCAAUGUUGAUGGAUUGCCAAUUCCCCCUCCCGCCCAACACGAGCGCCGUCGAUCGAGUCUGGCACAUAUUCUCGGCAUGGACAAACCCUUGCUCGCCUUCUAAGAAACCGCUCGAUUGAAGAGUCAUAUUUAAUAGUCAUCUCACAAACAUCAUUUGAACUACCAUAUACCUGUACCAUUAUCUCUGCAAGCAAAAUAAUAAACACAUUUAUGCAUAUCAAUGCGACAUUUGUUACAAUCAGAAAGUGUCUGUCAUCAUCUUUUUUUUUUAUUGUGCGGUGUAUGCGAUGAAGAACUGUGAUAUGUC